AUGGCUGGUCCGCGAUUCGUAGGAUGCACCAACCUCAAAGCCUAUGACCUUGGCUUGAAGCUCGGUGAAGGGACGUUUGGUGUCGUCACCAAAGGGAUCCAGAUCGUCACGAAGCGAGCUGUGGCUCUCAAACAACUCUUGACUCAUAACCCUCGUGAUGGUGUGUCUACCACUACCAUUCGGGAGAUCAAGAUCUUGAAGAGUCUUUCGCAUCCAAAUGUCGUUCCCAUUCUCGACAUGGUGGUCAAUCCGAAGAACAAGGAAAAGUCUGCACGUCAGGAUAUUUUCAUGGUUUUCCCCUUCAUGGACCAUGAUCUCUGUGGCCUGCUUGGCAAUCAACAGUUCAAGCCUACUGUGUCGAUCGUCAAGUUGAUCAUGAAGCAGAUGCUUGAGGGGUUGGCGUACAUCCACGAGAACAACAUCAUCCAUCGCGAUAUAAAAACUGCCAAUAUUCUCGUGGAUAAACGCGGCCAAGUGAUGAUUGCGGAUUUCGGCCUUGCACGAUCAUGGACUGGAUCGGGACCUCUGCCUCCGCACACCAUGAAUGAAUAUACCAACAUGGUGGUGACGAGAUGGUAUCGUGCGCCGGAGCUCCUACUGGGUGAUACACACUAUGGUCCCGCCGUCGACAUGUGGUCCAUGGGGUGCAUUCUCGGCGAAAUGUUUCACCGUGAACCGAUCCUCGCGGCCAAGGGUCAAACGGAUGAUGGACAACUCCCAUUGAUUCUUGAGCAUUGUGGACCCCUCAAUGACGAGACGUUUCCCGGAUGGCAAGAUCUGCCUGGUUACCCUGAGAUGCAAGGUAGACGAUGGGACUUCAUGGACGAGUGUUCUUCGCAUUUGUUGAGACAGAUGCUUUGCCUUGAUCCUGUUCAGCGAAUCACGGCUGAUCAGGCGUUGGACCAUCCGUGGUUUUGGGUGACUCCAUUACCAGCGACUGUCGACAAGUGA